UAAUAAUAAAUUCAUUUUUUUUUUUUUUUUUUUUUUUUUUUUUUAAAAUGACACCAAAAUUUAAUGUUAUUAUUUUUAUAAUUGUAUCAAUUAGUUUUAAAACUGUUAUUGCGACAUUUGGUAAUGAACAUGUACACAUAAGAAUACAUCUACCAGAAAAACAUCAUGAUAGUCACGGUGGUCACGUUGAUCAUGGACCACCAGGUGGAGGUGAUCAUAUUGAAAUAACUAGUCCAGGAUUUGGUAAUGGUGGUGGUCAUGGUGGUGGUCAUGGUGGUGGAAAUGGAGGAGGAUAUGGUGGUGGAAAUGGAGGAGGAUAUAGUGGUGGUCAUGGUGGUGGAAAUGGAGGAGGAUAUAGUGGUGGUCAUGAUGGUGAUUAUGGUGGUGGCAAUGGAGGAGGGUAUGACAGUGGGUUUGGAGGAGGACAUGACUUUGGAGGAUCAGGAAGUGACUCAUUUGGAGGUCAUGGAAGUUUUGGAAAUAGUUAUAGCCCACCAUCACAGAGUUACAGUCCACCAUCACAAAGCUAUGGAUCACCUCCAUCACAAAGUUAUGGAUCACCUCCAUCACAAAGUUAUGGAUCACCUCCAUCACAAAGCUAUGGAACACCUUCUCAAAGCUAUGGAACGCCUUCUCAAAGCUAUGGAUCACCACCAUCACAAAGCUAUGGAUCACCUCCAUCACAAAGUUAUGGAUCACCUCCAUCACAAAGUUAUGGAUCACCUCCAUCACAAAGUUAUGGAUCACCUCCAUCACAAAGCUAUGGAACACCUUCUCAAAGCUAUGGAUCACCUCCAUCUACCAGUUAUGGAGUACCAUCUUCAGGAUUUAGUAGCAGUGGCCACGGAAGUUCAGGAGGUCAUGGAGGUCAUGGAGGUCAUGGAGGUCAUGGAGGUAAUGGAGGUAAUGGAGGAUUUUCAGCAAGUUUCGGAGGAGGUUCUUCAAGUUAUUCCGGAGAUCAUGGUGGUCACAGAGGUGAUUCUUACUCAUCAAAUAGCCACAGCGGUUCUUCUUCUUCAUUUAGUGGUUCUGACUCUUAUUCUUUAAGUGGUGGUUUUUCGGGAUAUUACAAAAAGUAAAAGUUGUGUCGUUGAAUUUUUGAAGCUAUACAAAAAUAAGAGAGAGUCUCAUUACGUAUGUCCAUACAUACAUACAUACAUACAUACAUACAUACAUAAUACGAAUCACUUAACUUGCUACUGUAAUAUCUUCCUCCCUUUCUUAUUUUCUCUACACUAUCAAUAUCAAAAACCUGCUAUUCAAUAAUAAUAAUAAUAACAAUAACAACAACAACAACAUCGACAACGACUAUUACCGACACCACUUUUCUUCUCGUAUCGGUCUCGGCGUAUUAUCAUUAGGUCAUUUUAAACACUCCUUAUUUUAAGUCAUAAUUUUUUAAUUGAAAUUAUUUCGGUGUUUUAUUUUAUCGUUAUUUAAUUUUACACAGAUUCCUAAUGUUUGUUAUCUUAUUAGUAUUAAUUGUAUGUAAAAUAUUUUUUUUACCUUAUUGUACAUAUUUUUUA